GGGUCGCAGCGGGGAUUCCCAUUGGGGAGCGGCGCGCGCCGGCUCCCUGCGCGGGGCGGGGCCGCCCGGACACCGACUCCCGCCCUCUCUCCAUGUCAACAAGCGGGGCGCGGGGCGCCUGCGCCGGGGGCUUGCGCGUCCCCCGCUCUCGUGCGCGGCGCAGGUCUCCCGAGCAGGGCCCGGGCUGUGGCCUAGCGGCGGCCGCGCAGCGAUCGCGGCGGCCCGCGGGCCCCGCCCGCCGGGGAGGAUGAUGGCCGAGGACUCGCCCAAGCGGCGCAAGGCCAAUUUCAACGAGGCGGAGACCGAGGUGCUGAUCGAGCAGGUGCUGAAGCACGAGCAGCUGCUGUUCGCGGCGGGGCCGGGCCGCGCCUCCCCGGGCCAGAAGCGGCGGGUCUGGGAGCUGAUCCGGCACAAGGUGAACCCGGUGGCCGCCUGCCCCCGCGACGUGGAGGAUCUCAAGAAGCGCUGGAGGGACCUGAAGCGGCGCGACCGCAGCAAGCUCUGCCGCCUCUCGCAGGGCUGCGGCCCCGCCGGCCACCCCGGGGGGCUCGGCCUGCUGCUGUGCACGGAGGAGAUGCCCCAGCCCGCCCCGCAGCCCGACCACCACCGCGGCUAUGGCUCCGCGCUGGGCCCCGCCGAGGCCGUGCCCAUCGUGGGCGGCAUCGACACGCUGGACCUGCCCGGAGCCUCCGUGGUGGACAUCGGGUUUACAGAUGAUCCUGGUCCAUCCCACCAACCCUGUCUUGAGAAAAUGAACUUAAAAGAGGAAAUAGUAGUGAAGGUAGUGGAGCCGGAAGAAAGUUCUGAGGACAUGGCUGUGGUUCCACCUAGCCAGGAGCAACUGCCCUUUCUGGGAACAGCUGGGGGUGGCUUGUCUGGGAAAGUAAAAGCCAAAACAAAAGGCCGGUCUCAGACAGACCAAAAUGAAAUUACUGAAGAGGACCUAAUGCAGAUCCAGCAGAACCAGAUGCAGGUGAUCCAGUCUGGCUUUGACAGUGUCAACCACAACCUUCGGCUGCUGCAGCAAGGCAUGCAAGAUCUCAGCAACAGCCUCAGUAUUAUGGCACACACACUGGUGGCUAUCAAAAAUGUUUAUGUGAAAAACAACACUGGCCCAACCACCUAUGCCACCACCUCUACUCAGACCACAGCAGGGUACCUGAGUCCUGGGUCUCCCCAGAUCUCCCCAGCUGAGGACAGAGGCAGAGCACAGGUGGCUGGAAGCAGCAGCAGAAGCAGCAGCUGCAGUUCCAGCUCUAUGUCUCAAGAACCAGGCCCUUCAGAAUUUCCUAGACCACCCCUGAGAACCAUUAAGAAAGAACAUCCAAAUGGCUGCUACUAUUUCUGUUUUGCAGAUGUUUAAAACUUGAAUAUGUGUAAAGUGACCGAUGUUAGAGGUGCUGCUGUAUGCGCUGCUCCACCCGGUGACUAUAAUGGAGCAAACUGGACUUGCCUCCUGCUUUUUUUUUCCCCAGUGGGGAAAGUUUCACAGUAGGUGGCAUUUGACACUAACUACCAAUCUCCCAUUUGUUAACACUAACUGUUGCAGUUGGUUAAUGUCUCUCUUCUGUUUUCUUCACCGUCUUCUUUCAAAAAAAAAAAAUCAAAUUUA